AUGGCCAAGCGUGUUGCGAUGUCCAAGGCGCAGAAGGAAGCGCAGGCGAAGCGUGCAAAGAAGAGCGAUAACAGCAGACCUAGCUCUUUAUCCCACGCUUCUUUGCAGAAAACGGAACGCAAGACCGUCGACCCUACAAAGCUAGCAUGGUCGACGGUUCACUUGCCCUCUGAAGCGCAGUCAGGGGGUGCUGGUGUCACUGAAUCCGACUUUUUCAACUCGCUCGAUUGGAAUGAUGACGACUUUAUGGGCUUGCAAGAGAUUGACGAUGUAGAAGUGCUGCAAGAGUCUCGAGGUGAUGGGUCGCGUACCAUCACUUUCCUCGCUUCCGAGACCAAGCUCAAAAACAAGCAAGACAACGCCGCUAUCGCAUCGUCUGCGCAAAAAGCACCUGUCAAAACUGCGGAAGCGAAAUUGAAAGCAAACAAGAAACGGCCCAAGAAGAGGACCAUUGACGAGGUUGCCCCCAAUGUUGAAAUCGACGCAGCACCAGCACCGAUGGAGAGUCAAGAGCUGACGGCCGUCACGAAAGACUCAGACGAGCCGGAUUCAGAUGGAUACGAGACAGCAGCCGAUGUCACCUUGCUACCUCAAGAAGAUACCGCGGAUUCUGACCUCGACCUGGACGACAACGAUCUCGCCGAAGCUUUCCGCAAUGCACACCAGCUCGAUCUGCAAGAUGAUGAGGCCGACGAGGCUGAAUUCGACGACAAGCUUCUUCCUGCAUGGUCGCAUCUUGCACUGCACUCAGAUCUGAAACGUGCACUGCUGCACAAAGGCUUCAAGCAACCGACCGAGAUUCAGAGAAAAGCAAUCCCUUUUGCUCUCGGACUGCAGCAGGAAGCAACCUCUUCAGAUGACUCGGAGGACACCGCUGAUUCCGCCGCGAUUGGUGCACCGAGCACUCGCAGAAAGCGUGACGUGGUAGGUGUCUCUCAAACUGGAAGUGGUAAGACGCUUGCCUAUGGCCUACCCAUCCUGAAUUACCUCUUCGAGAACGCCGAGAAUGCUAUCGCAUCGUCUUGUCGUCGAAAUGCUGUUGAUGACCUACCGCCACCUCUGGGCGCACUCAUUCUGUGCCCCACUCGCGAGUUGGCACUGCAAGUCUCCUCGCAUCUCAUCGAUCUUGUCCGAGCCAGCUGCAUUGUUUCGGAUAUCGACGUCGAUCAGCCCGAGAUCUCCCACAGGAAGCUGCUACGACGUCCUCAGAUCGCCGUAGUCUGCGGCGGAAUGUCGGAGCAAAAGCAACGUCGGUUACUCGAAGGCCGUUCAAGGCAAGGCGAUCGUAAAGCCGGAGUGGACAUCAUUGUCGCUACGCCCGGUCGGCUUUGGGAAAUGACACGCCUGGACGACCAUCUAGCGGCAAGAAUCAAACAGACACGCUUUCUGGUUCUCGACGAAGCUGAUAGGAUGGUCGAAGUGGGUCACUUUGCCGAGAUGGAGCACAUUCUCAACCUGGUCAAUCGUUCCGAAGCCAAGCGCCCUUCAGAAGGUCAAGAUGGACAACAGCAUGUCAGUGGAUCGGACAAAGAGGACGAAUCUGAGGUUGAAAUUCCAACGCAUGGUGUGAAGCCGAGUUCGAGUAUGCAGACGUUCAUCUUUUCGGCAACGCUCAGCAAAGCGUUGCAGGUCAACCUCAAGAGGCGUCGCAAGCUGAAACAGUUUGCCAAGAAACGUCAUUCGAAGCGCAAGGAAAACGCUACCACGCUGGACGAGUUGAUGGACCGCAUCGAUUUUCGAGAUCAAGCUCCUGCGGUGAUCGACUUGACACCGGCACAAGGAUUGCCGCAGGGGUUGAUGGAGACCAAAAUCGAGUGUGUGGGCAAGGACAAGGAUCUGUACCUCUACUAUUUCUUGCUGCGAUACCCGGGGCGAACGCUUGUGUUUGUCAACUCGAUCGACGGCAUUCGUCGGCUGACACCGUUGUUGACGCAGCUCAACGUGAUGUGCUACCCGAUUCACAGCCAGCUCCAGCAGAAACAGCGUCUCAAAAACUUGGAUCGAUUUCGCGCCUUUGAGCGUUGCGGCCAAGCGUCCAACUGCGUUUUGCUCGCAACGGACGUUGCAGCACGUGGACUCGAUAUUCCGAGCGUCGAGCACGUCGUUCACUAUCAACUGCCUCGAUCCGCUGACACCUACGUUCACCGAAGUGGUCGUACUGCUCGAGCCGGAAGUUCUGGAGUCUCUCUUGCCUUGAUCGAAGCCAAGGAGAAACAAUUGUGGACCCAACUUUGUCGAGCCAUGUCACGUCAAUCCGACAUCUCGAGUUUGCCCAUCACGUUUUCCACGCUCUCGCUCUUACGAGAGCGAGUUGAGCUCGCACUUGCCAUCGACAAGCAAACCCACGAAGCCAACAAACAGCAACACGACGACAACUGGUUAGCAAAGUUGGCAGAAGACGCGGACCUCGUCAUGUCGGACGAUGACAAUGUUGAUCCGGAUGCUCCAACGAGCAAACGUGGCGGGUCGAGUGCAAGCAAAGCAGCCGAGGCCAAAUUGAACGAAAUGAAGAACAAGCUCUCGGCGCUGUUGAGCAGGCCGAUUACAAUGAAGGGUCUAUCGCAUAGAUAUCUGACUGCAGGAGGUUUGCAAGGGAGCGCUUGGGUGGAUGAUAUGGUCAGACAGCAGAAUCACCGACAGAUUUUGGGCGUGCAGAAUACUGAUGCAGAAACCGAUUUGAAGUCAAGCCAAACAAGUCAGCCGGUCAAGAAGAAGAUCAAGAGCGACAAUGCUGGCAAAGCUAGUGCCGCUGCUACCGCCGGUGCGCCAGCAAAGCCACCAAAGCCAGCGUCAGCAGUGUCAGCAUCAACGGAGAAGCGCAAGCGCAAGAAGAAGCCUCGGUCACAGCUAAAACGCAAGCCCUAUCAAUUGUAG